AUGCAUCAUAGUGUCGAACCGUCAUCGAAACGCAUGCAACACAGUGUCGGGCAAAAUUGGGACAUUUUUGAAGAAGAGCAGCCACUGAGUCAUGUUUCUUCUCAAACAGAGCAAACUACACUAUCGGUGGCACUUGAAACGUCAAUAUCAAUACCUUCAUCGAGUUCGGACAAUGUAAAAGUAAAUGACGCGUCCUUCUGGAAGAAAGCCUUCGAAAGCCUAUCUCAACAAGUAAGCGAAGCCCAAGAUGUGAAUUACAAGCUACAACAGGAUUUGGAAUGGAAAGCGAUAGAAAUUUCAACAACUCAAGAAAAGAUUGACACUAUCGUCCAGGCUUUACAAGGAAAAAUC